AUGGCGCCACGACCGCUUCCCCCGGCCCCUUCCCCUGAGUGGGCAUCUGUCACCGAGUGCAUCAGGACACGGUAUACGCGAGGUGGACCUUUCAUCACCCGCCAUAUUCUCCAGCGUGUUGCAAUGCAGAUAAGUCUCUACCAAGCCGGCAUGCUCACGAGCAAACCCUUCAUCCUGUACGACAUGAAUAACCACGGGGUUUCUGUCGAGAUCGACCCAGAUAAGGAGUCCCCAAUCUUUAGGGAUAUGAGAUGCAACCACGGUGACCGAAAAAAGGGUCCCUACAUUUACUACCGGAGCAUCCAGGUCAUGCUCUCCCACAGAGACAUGAGGAAAUUCGAUGCCGAGAUGGCAUUCCUGCCUCUGGUAAUAAUGUUCCCCGCGACCCCGGGCCGUUGUCAUAAUCACCACACGCACGACGAGAAUAAAGGUCCCGAAUCAUUCUACCCCUCCGAACUCACCACGAUCCUCAACAUCGAGCGGCAAUCGUGGGAGGAGUCGGAGGAGUACGGACACCUGAAGGCGGUGCUCAAGACACACACCGACCAGCUGUCGAAGAUCGAUCGCGUCAUCGGGUUCGGGUGCGGAACCCUCGCGGAUGGCCGCACGCGCUGCCAGUUCUCAGCGACGCAGCACGCCUUGAUCUUUAGCCUGCAGAGGAUCAUCUCGAAGAUGCACCCGGAGAACAACAAGGUGCGCCAGGGCCUUCGACAGGCCUGCAACAAGGACCCCGUCGAACUGGUCGUCCGGGGCAUCCUCCAAGACCCGGCCUACACCGAUACCGACAAGGCCGUUCUCAAGGGCAUGGGUAUGGAGGUCAUGGGAGAUCCCUGCGGAUUCCUGGAGAUGGACGAAAACAGCUUCGUCGUCUCCAUCGACCUUAAUACCCCAGCCCAGCAGAUCAUCGAGAAUCUAGCGCGGCCGGCCGCGCUGAUUCGGAUGACUCACGUGGAGGAAUUCAAUGGGGAGAACGCCGGCAUGUGCACGGAUCCCUCAUCCUCACGAGUCGACAAGAUGUUGCGAGAGGAAUACGAUCUGGUGAAGCUCAAAUACCACCCGAACCUUCGCAACAUCUGCAUGUACAUCAAGAAGCCGAGAACGUAG